UCGUUUCACCUUGUCUGGAAUGCAUCUUUCUGUCUGGUGUUAAACUACGAUGACAUGUCUGCGGCCAUCAGAAAGAGAAGCUGGGAAGAGCAUGUGACCCAAUGGAUGGGGUUGCCAUUUAAUUCUGAUGAUUUGAACACAGCAUGUCAUCAUGGACUAGCCGCUGACAGCGUGCAGGAAAGCAUGGAAAAAGAUGCAACUCUACAUGCAGACCGCAAGGAGAAGUGUGUAUCUUUACCAGACUGCUGUCAUGACAGGUCUGAGCUGAGAGAUUUCUCUGGGAGGCCAAUGGGUCAUGUUGCAAAAGAAGUGGAUGACAAUGACAGUCACGAAGGUGAAGACCAGUUUCUUUCUCUGGAGGCCAGCACAGAGACAUUAGUGCAUGUUUCUGAUGAAGAUACAGAUUCAGAUUUAUAUUCUGUAGAUCAUAAACAGAUUAUAGCUACUGAAGGGCAUAAAAUCUCAGACCAACAUAACAUCGCAGGAUCAGGUUCCUCGGUAAAGACCCUAUCCGUGACGGAGACUAACCAAGAUUCAUGUAACUCCUGGAUAAUGGCGAGUGACCCUGAUUUACAUCAAGUAGAAGAUAUGAAGGAAGGAAAAGUUAUUGAUACUAUAAGGAGAAGCCUGGCGCUUUCUGAUGACAUAAACUUAUGUGACAUAAAAGAUACAUCACAAGUAAACACAUGUGAUUCUUUGAAGGUGAAAAAGAUCGUGCCUGAGAAGCAGUUGCUUAACUCUGCUGUAAUUGCUCAGCAGCGAAGGAAAAAUGACCUCCCUAAAGAUGGAGGUGAAAGAAACUUCCUCAGUGAGUCCUCUGCUACUCCUUGCUCCGAGAGAGGACCACCUUUAUUACAAGCAAACUAUGGAAGCUGCCUUCUGCAGGCUCCUUUCUGCCCCAGUGGAAUGUCAGCUGAAAAUGGCCUGGAGGAGAGUGCUUUCUCAGAACAGCAAAACAGAAGUCUUCUCAAAGUCAAGGAAGGAGAUGGCAUGCCGUGUUUACACAUAAAGGAUGAUGGUUUGACCACCCAGGAACCAGCAGAUUAUCAAGUCAGACUUCGCAAAAGAAAGGAAGUAAGAGAAGAUCGAGAUAGGGCGCGGCUGGACUCCAUGGUGCUGCUAAUUAUGAAACUGGACCAACUGGAUCAGGACAUCGAGAAUGCCCUGAGCACCAGCUCCUCUCCAUCCAGCACCCCAGCAAACCUGCGGCGGCAUGUGCCCGAUCUGGAAUCAGGAUCUGAAAGUGGACCAGAUACCAUUUCAGAAAAUCAUACACAAAUAAAUGCGCCUUCUAUCACGGAGUCCACUACUCUGCUAUCUUCUAUCCAAGCACACAACUCUGGAACCAAACCCAAGGCUGUGGCUGCUUCAGGUGUUUCAGAUAAAGCGCAAGCUGAAAUUGAAGCCAAGGAAGCUUGUGAUUGGCUCCGGGCGACGGGUUUCCCGCAGUAUGCACAGCUUUAUGAAGAUCUCCUGUUUCCCAUUGAUAUUACCUUGGUCAAGAGAGAACAUGAUUUUCUGGACAGAGAUGCCAUUGAGGCUUUAUGCAGGCGUCUAAAUACUUUAAACAAAUGUGCGGUGAUGAAGCUAGAGAUUAGUCCUCGUCGGAAGAGAAGUGAAGAUUCUGAUGAGGAUGAGCCUUGUGCAAUAAGUGGCAAAUGGACUUUCCAGAGGGAUAGCAAGAGGUGGUCCCGGCUGGAAGAGUUUGAUGUCUUUUCUCCGAAGCAGGACCCAGUACCUGGGUCCCCCGACAGUUCCCACCUGAAGAACGCAGCAAGCCAUGAAAGCAUGUUGACAGAGCUCAGCGAACAGCAGGAGGUGUCCUCGGUCCGCAGCCUCAGCAGCACCAGCAGUCUUGCCACCCACACGCCCCACAGCGCGGAUGUGGCAACACCCCGGACUAACUCGGUCAUUAGUGUCUGCUCCUCUAGCAACUUCAUUGGCAACGACGACUCCUUCUGCAGCCUGCCCUCUCCCAAGGAACUGUCCAGCUUCAGCUUUGGCAUGAAAGGCCACGAGAAAAGCACCAUGUCCAAGACACGCAGUCUGCUGAAGCGGAUGGAGAGCCUGAGGCUCCGGGGUUCCCACCACAGCAAGCACAAAGCGCCUUCCAAACUGGGGCUGAUCAUCAGUGGGCCUAUCCUGCAGGAGGGCAUGGACGAGGAGAAGCUGAAGCAGCUCAACUGUGUGGAGAUCUCCGCCCUUAAUGGCAACCACAUAAAUGUCCCCAUGGUACGAAAGAGGAGCGUUUCCAACUCCACACAGACCAGCAGUAGCAGCAGUCAGUCUGAGACCAGCAGCGCUGUCAGCACCCCCAGCCCUGUCACCAGGACCCGCAGCCCCAGUACUUGCAAUAAGCGAGUGGGCAUGUAUUUGGAGGGCUUUGAUCCUUUCAGUCAGUCCACAUUUAACAACAUCACUGAACAGAACUUCAAAAACCGAGAGAACUACUCAGAGGACACGGUGUUCUACAUCCCCGAAGAUCACAAACCUGGCACUUUCCCCAAGGCCCUCUCCAAUGGCAAUUUCUCUUCCUUAGAGAACAGUACCACUGUGAACUGGAGAACUGGGAGCUUCUACGGGCCUGGCCACAUCAACCUCAGAAGAGAAAACAGCAGCGACAUCCCCAAGGAACUGAAGAGACGCAAUUCCUCCAGUUCCAUGUGCAGCCGCCUGAGCAUCUACGACAACGUGCCAGGCUCCAUCCUUUACUCCAGUUCAGGUGACCUGGCUGACCUGGAGAACGAGGACAUCUUCCCCGAGCUGGAUGACAUCCUCUACCACGUGAAGGGCAUGCAGAGGAUAGUCAACCAGUGGUCCGAAAAGUUUUCCGAUGAGGGAGACUCCGACUCCGCCCUGGACUCUGUCUCUCCUUGCCCGUCCUCUCCAAAGCAGAUCCACCUGGAUGUGGACAAUGACCGCACCACACCCAGUGACUUGGACAGCACAGGCAACUCCCUGAACGAGCCAGAGGAGCCCUCUGACAUCCCCGAAAGGAGAGACUCCGGGGUCGGGGCUUCCCUGACAAGGUCCAAUAGGCACAGACUGAGAUGGCACAGCUUCCAGAGCUCACAUCGACCAAGUUUAAACUCCGUGUCCCUGCAGAUCAACUGCCAGUCUGUGGCCCAGAUGAACCUGCUGCAGAAAUACUCGCUCUUAAAGUUAACUGCCCUACUGGAGAAGUACACACCUUCUAACAAGCAUGGCUUUAGCUGGGCUGUGCCCAAGUUCAUGAAAAGGAUCAAAGUUCCAGACUACAAGGACCGAAGUGUGUUUGGGGUCCCUCUGACAGUCAAUGUGCAACGCACAGGACAGCCCCUCCCACAGAGCAUUCAGCAGGCCAUGCGCUAUCUCCGCAACCAUUGUCUGGACCAGGUUGGGCUCUUCAGAAAAUCUGGGGUCAAAUCCCGAAUUCAGGCUCUUCGCCAGAUGAACGAAACUGCGGUGGAUUUUGUCAACUAUGAGGGGCAGUCAGCUUACGAUGUGGCAGACAUGUUAAAGCAGUAUUUUCGAGAUCUUCCUGAGCCCCUGAUGACAAACAAACUCUCAGAAACCUUUUUACAGAUCUACCAGUAUGUGCCCAAGGACCAGUGUCUCCAGGCGAUCAAGGCCGCCAUUAUGCUGCUGCCGGAUGAGAACCGAGAGGUUCUGCAGACCCUGCUUUAUUUCUUGAGUGAUGUCACAGCUGCUGUAAAAGAAAACCAGAUGACACCAACCAACCUUGCUGUGUGCUUAGCGCCCUCCCUGUUCCAUCUCAACACCCUCAAGAGGGAGAAUUCUUCCCCCAGGGUGAUGCAAAGAAAGCAGAGUUUAGGCAAACCAGAUCAGAAAGAUUUGAAUGAAAACCUGGCUGCCACGCAAGGCUUGGCCCAUAUGAUCGCGGAGUGCAAGAAGCUCUUCCAGGUACCUGAAGAAAUGAGUCGAUGUCGGAAUUCCUACACCGAACAAGAGCUGAAGCCCCUCACCCUGGAAGCAUUGGGACGCCUAAGUAAUGAUGAAUCCGCUAACUACCACCACUUCCUCCAGGACUGUAUGGACAGCCUGUUUAAAGAAGUCAAAGAGAAGUUUAAGGGUUGGGUCAACUAUUCCACUUCAGACCAGGCUGAGCUGUCUUUCAAGAAGGUGAGUGAAGGACCCCCUCUAAGGCUUUGGAGGUCAACCAUCGAAGUCCCCGCAACACCUGAGGAGAUCUUAAAGCGCCUACUUAAGGAGCAGCACCUCUGGGAUGUAGACCUACUGGAUGCCAAAGUCAUUGAAAUUCUAGACAGCCAAACUGAGAUCUACCAGUAUGUCCAGAACAGUAUGGCACCCCAUCCGGCCCGGGACUACGUUGUUCUAAGGACGUGGAGGACAAAUUUACCUAAGGGAGCCUGUGCGCUUUUACUCACCUCCGUGGAUCAUGACCGGGCACCUGUGGUGGGUGUGAGAGUUAAUGUCCUCCUGUCCAGGUAUCUGAUGGAACCCUGUGGGUCAGGAAAAUCCAAGCUCACCUACAUGUGCAGAGCCGAUUUAAGGGGCCACAUGCCAGAGUGGUACACAAAAUCUUUUGGACAUUUGUGUGCAGCCGAAGUUGUAAAGAUCCGCGAUUCCUUCACCAACCAGAGCACAGAGACCAAAGACAGCAAAUCUAGGUGAUCACUGAACAGAGCACCAGUCCACCCUCUGGGCAUCUGUUUCUCGAGCCCUUGCCAGUCCUUGGAUGAAUGGUUUCUCCAUCUGAUCCUGAAACAGAAACUAUAAAUGAGAUUGCAGAAAUUGAGACCAUAGCAAUUUGAUACAUUUUUAAAGCUGCUUCCUGUUUGUUUAUGGUCUACCCUGUAGACCUUGACUGGAAUAUAUAAGAUUGUGC